UGCUGAGAUCGAUAAAAUCAGAGAAUACCGAAUUAAGACAUUAUCGUGAAAACUGGUGACAAGAAAAAACUUGCAUAAAUUUCUAGCGUGAAAUAUCCUGAUAAAAUGUCAGACGACGAAAAGUUUGAUGGGGUUUUACUAAAUAUGGCAACCCAGCUCGAUGGCGGUGUUCCUGAAUUGCUUGAGAAGAUGUUUAGUUUUCUUGCCAGGAAGACAGAUUUCUAUACUGGGGGACAGAAAGGGGAGUCAGAAAAGAUGAUAUUGAGUAAGUUCAGGAAGCAUGAGAAGGUUGCAUUAGAGAAACAAGCACAAUUAAAGGCAGAACGUGAGGAGGAGGAGAGAAGGAGGCAGGAACGAAUAAAGAAGAAAAAAGAAGAGGAAGAAAAAGCAAAAGAUGAACCAAAGAUUAAAGAGCUAACUGAUGAAGAGGCAGAUAAAUUACAAAAAGAAUUAGAAAAGAAAAAAUCUGAGCCAGAGUCUAGUGCAACAGAAAAUGGAACUGGUGACAAAACUAAAGAUGGAGAGGGCAAAGAAGAUAAAAAGUCUGAUGAUGAAGAAGAAGAUGAGGAUGCUAAAGGGAAGAUCAAACCAAACUUUGGAAACGGAGCAGACCUUGAAAAAUAUAGCUGGACACAGACUCUGUCUGAAUUAGAAGUAAUGAUUCCUUUAAAUGUGAAUUUCCCAGUAAAAAGUAAAGACCUUGUUGUUCAGAUGGAGAAAAAGCAUGUGAAGGUAGCAUUAAAGGGGCAUCCAGCAAUAAUAGAUGGUGAACUACAGCAUGACGUUAAACUAGAGGAAUCCACAUGGACUAUAGAAGAUAGAAAAGCUGUUAAACUCUUCUUUGAGAAGGUGAACAAAAUGGAAUGGUGGAGUCAGGUUGUCACGACAGACCCAGAAAUCAAUACUAAAAAAGUUCAGCCAGAAAACUCUAAGUUAUCUGACCUGGAUGGGGAAACUCGUGGCAUUGUCGAGAAGAUGAUGUAUGAUCAGAGGCAACGGGAGCUUGGUCUUCCAACCUCCGAGGAUGCCAAAAAGAAGGAUAUAAUGGACAAGUUUAUGAAAGCUCACCCAGAGAUGGAUUUCUCCAAAUGCAAGUUCAAUUAGAGAAAGUGUACAAGAUUUAUCACUGUGAACACUGGCUAUUCAAACAUAGCUGUUGGACCAAAUAUUUGUGUGAUUUUAUAGUGAUUGUUCUGAAAUCAAUAAAUGUACAUUAAUAACAAACACUUGACAGAUUUUUUAGGUUUGAAUGCAUGAUUUUAAAAGAAAAAAAAACUUGCAGAAUAAAUCUAGAUUACACAGACUUUUGAGAAGUUUAAAACAACUAAUGCUAUACAAGAAAAAAAUAAUAAAUGAGAUUUAAUAGAUACACUUUAAAGCUUGUUAAGCUAUAAUAAAAAUAUAGAACUUGAAUUUCAAAAUGGUGUGAACAUAUCUAAAAAAAGGGCUCAAAUAGCACAUGCUCUGGAGUAAGUCAUUUAAGAAGUUCACUGUCCUAGUCAGAGACAUAGAUAACAGAGAAAGGCAACAUCCUAGCCAGUUAAAAUAUCAUGUGUGCCUGCUAAACUUAAAACUUGUAGUAAGUAAUACUUAUAAACCAGAUAUCAAAAUCAUUAAAAUAAUGCAUUUUCUGAAAGCUUAUGCAUUGGUCUAUGGCUGCAGGUAUUAUUAAUAUUUUCAGUUCCCAUUUAAAUAAAUGUCACUUCAAUUUGUAAAGAGAACUACUUAAUAAUUUUUGUUACAAAAUUAUUCAUAUGACAACAAACUGGCUCAAUGGGUAUAUUCUGCCAUGUUUUUCUAAGUAAAAGGCAUGGAAAGUUUUUUUAACGUUUAACAUGCAGCAAUAGAUAAAAGAUUUAUGUUUCAAAUGGUAUAUACAUACAAAUGUACAUCCAUUAAGUUUAAUUUGCUACAAAAUACCUAAUUUGUCACUUUUUGAUAGGCAUGAGUGAUAUUUCAAUUGUGUAUAUAGGAGCUGCUUAUCUCUGUUAUCUAUGUCUCUGGUCCUAGUAUAUCAAACAUUUUUCCUUCAAAUAUUAAAAGUUGCCCUUGAUGCUGCUGCACAGUAAUUGUGAAAAUUGACAAAGAUGUUUUCUCCCAUUGAGGCUUUUAAUUUUUGUAUGUUAUGUUAUUUUAUGCACACUUCUAAUAUAAAUAUUAAAUGUAUCAAUUUCGGAAGUACAGUUUAAUUGAAUCAUAUUAUUAGCUGGUCUGUUUUGUAGAAAAAGUCAAGCUUUUUUGAUCUCUGUGACAUUGUUGUUUUUGUCUUUGUGCAAAAACUUUCAUGUUAGCCCAAUUUUUAUAUGCCUGAAAGAAUUUUUGGCAUAUUUUGUAAUACCCCCUGGUGUCUAUCUGUUCGUCAGUCCGUUAGCAAUUUGGCCCACAGUAUUCAAACUUCAUAGGAUGAUUGUCCAUAUUGGGUAGAAAACCCCUAUUGAUUUUGGGGACACAAGGUCAAAGGUCACUAUUACCUUAAAACUGAAAAUGGUUUGCAGAGCAUAACUUAAGUUCCAUUUGGCCCACAGUAUUCAAACUUCAUAGGAUGAUUGUCCAUAUUGGGUGACCCCUAUCGAUUUUGGGAUCACAAGGUCAAGGUCAUUAUUACCUUAAAACUGAAAAUGGUUUCCUGAGCAUGACUUAAGUUCCAUUUGGCCCACAGUAUUCAAACUUCAUAUAUGAUUGUCUGUUUGGGUAGAAGACCCCUAUUGAUUUUUGGGUCACAAGAUCAAAGGUCAAGGUCACUAUUACCUUAAAACUGAAAACAAUUUCCACUCAAUAACUAAAGUAUUAAUCAACCUUCAGAUGUAAAAUUUUAUAGGAUAAACAGCCAUGUCUUAUACAUGACACCUAUUGAUUUUAAGGUAAUAUAUAUAUAUAUAUAUGAAGGUUCUUCAGCUAUAAAGGAGGAUUGCUUUUUUGAAGGAGGUAAUACUGUAUUUAAUUCCCUUGUCUUACAAAUGUUUCAUCCUUACUAACAAAAAAAGCACUUUCGGGCAUAUAAUGCUCCGCCUAGUGCUCUUGUUAAACAUUAUAAAAGGUCUCAACAUAAAACUUAGAAUACUGAAAACAUUUCAUCUUAUUAAAAUUGCAAUGUUCAAAAUUGAUUGAAAUAAUUAGAAAACCAUUAUUGAUUUAAGAUAAAGAAAAGAAUUAACAGCUUCAUUUGGUAAUAAUAAGUCUGUUCUGAAGAAAUCCUGUAGUGCAUGUAGCAUAAACUUUUCAUAAAUAAAGGUGAACAAUCUAUAUUAUUAAUAAUUUAUAUUAACAGUCUAUAUAAGAAAAAGGUUAAUAUUCAUUUUUAAUCUUACAAAAACAUAUGAAUAGCCUUGAAAAUGAUAAAAUCACAGUUGUUGAACCUUUCUCUUUUUAUUAAGAAAUGAAAGAUAAAAUUUCAUUCAUCCUUGAGACUUUUGAUUCUUGCUUUAUCUUUUCUCUUCAAAAGAAAUUGUUUGAUUGUUAAGAGUUUGUGUAGCUGAAACACCUUUGUAUAACUUUGAAAUAAAACUAUUUUAUUGUGA